GCCCAAUCUGCACACGCUGGGCUGCCUGCUGCUGGUCUAAUGCAAUUUGAAAUGUGUAAUGCAAUCGUUCCUCGUUCCACGACCAGGCAGUUCUCUUCGGGCUGGGUCUUCCAGAUUGGCGAGCUCGUCUCGCUGCACUUAGUUACACAUCUGUCUCUGGCACUUCGAUUGAGUCGCAUCACUGGACUGGAACUUUGCGCUGCGAGGAAUCGGAAUCCGAAUCUGGAUCAAAAUUGGAAUUGGAAUUGGAAUACCGUGCUAAAAUCUCUCUAAAUCCGGAUUUGUGUCGUAGUUUCUAUCACUCGAUCGGAAUGAGCUCGGUUAAGUAUCUAAAGAAUAUGACUGAAAAGGAACGCGAUGAGUUCUUUGACUCAUUCGAUUUGGUUUUGUGCGAUUGCGAUGGUGUGGUUUGGUAUCCACUGAGGGAUUUCAUACCCGGUUCCGCCGAGGCAUUGGCCCAUUUGACCCAUCUUGGCAAGGAUGUGACCUUCGUGACCAACAACAGCAUCAGUUCGGUGAAGGAGCACAUCGAGAAGUUUGAGAAACAGGGCCAUCUAACGAUUCAUGAGCAUCAAAUCGUUCAUCCUGCCCAAACCAUCUGCGAUCACUUGAGGUCCAUUAACUUCGAGGGACUCAUCUACUGCCUGGCCACGGCGCCAUUCAAGGAAGUCCUCGUAAAUGCCGGAUUUCGUUUGGCCCAAGAGAGUGGUUCGGGAAUCAUCACGAGUCUGAAGGAUUUGCACGAGGGCAUUUUCUCGGGCGAAUCGGUGGAUGCGGUCAUCAUCGACGUUGACUUCAACCUGUCGGCGGCCAAGUUGAUGCGUGCCCAUUUCCAGCUCCAAAAUCCCCAGUGCCUCUUCCUCGCCGGAGCUGCCGAUGCUUUGAUUCCAUUUGGCAAGGGUGAAAUUAUAGGACCUGGAGCCUUUAUCGAUGUGGUGACCCAGGCCGUUGGCCGUCGGCCCAUAACCUUGGGCAAGCCGGGCGAGGAUCUGCGCAAGCUUCUGCUGGAACGCCAUCGGGAAAUCCCGCCCAGCCGCGUGCUCUUCGUGGGCGAUAGUCUGGCCAGCGACAUUGGAUUCGCCCGCGCCAGUGGCUACCAGACUCUCCUCGUCCUCACCGGCGGCACAAAGCUGGAGGAUGUCCAGCGACUGCCGAUUGACCAUGCCCAGAUGCCCGACUAUCUGGCCGAUUGCCUGGGCCAGAUAGCAACCAAUAAUCCGGCAUCGAGUAACUCUGACUCGGCGCAUUCGAUGUGUUGAUAGUGUUCAAGUGUUUGUCAAACUUAUCUGCGGCUUUUUAAUCAAGUUUGUUUGUUGGUAAUAGGCGGAAACCAAAAGUGACUCCAAUUACUCACUGCACAAUGUGUUCCUCGACUUCGGAAGUGGGGGAUACCCUAUAAUCUAGACACUAUCUACUAUUAUAAGUGCAAAACUUUCAAUUAACUUGCAUGUCUUUUUUG